GAUGAAAUAUAGCUAUACAAAUAUCCAAGACUUGGGCUUCAAAUGCAACCUCUGCUUACCUGAGUUGGGUUCUGCUUGUUGGGUUCUUACAAUAUGUUAUGAGAGGUCUGUAGACCAGUCUAGACGCCACUGUCUGUAUUGUUACUGCAGGAAGGAGCCCCAUGCCCUUGAUCAGUGCAAGAGAUCUUUGGACCUGAACCACCCUGCAGGCGGCAACUCAUGUAAACAAGUGUUGUGUGUCUCCAAGGCCUAUCUGGGCCGCCUCCUGGAGCUUUAGAGGCGAUUAUUGGGCCUGUUGGCGGGUUGGCGUAAGCAAGGUGGAAUCCAGAAAGGAUCUGUUGAAAGAUAUAACGAACAGCAAGGAAGAAGUGACCGAUGCCAUGGCGGGGGAUGAAAAUUUGCCUGAAAAAGUCGGCGACACUAAUGGAUCUUGCGAAAGGACUGACUCGAAGGAGCACACGGUAUCUCCACAUGGUGGACAGGACAGCACAAAACUGCAUAACCAGGACCCUAACUACAAAACCUGUUGGGUGGCGGAGAACGGUGUCUGUGAAAGAGACCCCGGAGAACUCCGACAGCACCCCCUGAAAAUAAACAGUCCCAUGCAGACUUCUGUGGUGGGGAGCAAUGGAUAUAUAUUAAACAAAGCUGUUGUCCAUCAGCAGCCUUUACGGACCUCAAGUUCCUCUCCACUCAGCGGCCACGCUGCAAAGACUCUUCCUGGAGCUUCUCUCAAGACUAAAGUGGCCUCAAGUGUAUAUGUACCCACAGCCCCUUCUCCCACGCCCCCUCAGGUGGGAGACCAAGUUCAAGAUGAGAACCCAAAGCUAACGGAUUCUUCUGUAUUGGACUUGAAAAUUCACAGGGCGCGGAAAACCCUGCCAAGGUCCACCUGCAAUUCGCCUGUACAUAAGGAUUCCAGUGAGUUGCCAGAGCAAAAUGAAAGCAUGGAAGAUUCUGCUGCCAAAAACGGUUUGGAGAGUGGGAAACCAUUGCCCGUACACCAGUCCAGCACAACACAAGAGCUUCUACCUCAGGGUCAGAGCUGUGUCUCGUCAUCAAAGCCUCAGUCAGCUUCUGUGGCAUCUCGGAAGAAGAAGCGACGGAUGGGAACGUACAGUUUGGUUCCGAAAAAGAAGACCAAAGUAUUAAAGCAGAGAACGGUCCUGGAAAUGUUCAAGAACAUGACACAUUCCUCUUCCAGUCCCAAGAGCGAGAAGGAUUCUGAGGCUCCUCACAUGAAUGGAGAAAAUGUAGACAUGGAUUCAGAAGAAGAAUACUCCGAAGACCUGGAGGAAGAGGAUUAUCACAGCGGAGAGCCAAGUAUCUCAGAAAACCAAGAUGAGGACAGUGCUUCCAGAGAUGUCACGGCAGAGACCGACAGCCUGAAGAAGGGGGAUGACAUGGAAUCUGAGGCAGAUGAGGAGGCCGAGUCUAUGGAGUCACAAGAGGAAGAAGAGGAUGAUGAAUCGGACUUAAGCUCAGAGUCUAGUUUACAGAGGAAGAACCAGAAGAAGCAAGAAGGCCUUGUCGAUACUCUGUGGAUGAAAAAAAACAAGAGGAAAGGGCAAAGUGGAACAAAGCCUAACCCACUUCUCGCUGGUGAAGGUAACGGUCAGGACACCAGCACAGAGUACACAGAAGUGUCGCUUGAUUCUCUGGACCUACGAGUGAAGGAAAUCUUGUCCCCCCAGUCUAAAGGUCUUUCUAAUGGAUCUGAAACCAUGGAGAUUGAUGGUCUUCAAGGAAUUCCUCUUUGUAGCUGCCGAAUGGAAACUCCCAAAGAGGAUGAAGUGACUGCCACCGCCGGAGAUCACUGCAUGGCUAUCGAGAGCACAGACCAAGAGCUGAGCCAGUGUACGACCGAGGUAAUCAAGUACGAGCUGAUGAGACCAUCUAAUAAAGUGCGGCAUCUGGUAUUGUGCGAGGACCAUAGGGGCAAGAUGGUGAAGCACCAGUGUUGUCCUGGGUGUGGAUACUUCUGCACAGCUGGCACAUUCAUGGAGUGCCAACCUGAAACCAGCAUCUCCCACAGAUUUCAUAAGCUUUGCGCCACUCAAGUCAAUAAUGCCAGCUACUGUCCACACUGCGGGGAAGAGAUUUCCAAGGCCAAAGAGGUCACCAUUGCAAAAGCGGAUACCACCUCUACUGUGUGUACUACUACACCAGAUGCUGUCACAGAUGAUGUCCAAACGGAGGGCCAAGCAGACACUACGACAGAGAGUGAUUUCACAGCCCAGAAAGCAGCAGAUGAUUCCAAGACAGACGUGCCGGCUCCCCAGCCCUGCGACGUCUCUGAGGCUCACGGCGCGGGGAAAUCUCCCGUCUCGUCUCAGGGACCGGUGAAGGAGACUCUGGAGAGCGCUUUACUUGCUCUGGACUCUGAAAAAGACAAUGUCUACUCUGUUUCUAGGCCUAAGAAACUUCGGUUCCAUCCCAAACAGCUUUAUUUCUCCGCCAGACAAGGCGAGCUGCAGAAAGUGUUGAUGAUGCUCGUGGAUGGGAUUGACCCCAACUUCAAGAUGGAGCAGCACGGUAAGAGGACACCCUUGCACGCUGCAGCAGAGAUGGGACACACCGAUAUCUGUCACAUGCUUGUUCAGGCUGGCGCAAAUCUGGAUAACGUUGCCGAGGAUCAGCGGACUCCUUUGAUGGAUGCUGCCGAAAACAGUCACCUGGACACUGUGAAGUAUCUGGUGAAGGCCGGAGCAUUGUUGGACCCCAAGGACUCCGAAGGCUCCACCUGUUUGCAUUUGGCUGCAAAGAAAGGUCACUAUGAUGUGGUGAAGCACCUGCUCACCAGCGAUCAGAUAGAUGUGAACUGUCAGGAUGAUGGCGGCUGGACCCCAAUGAUUUGGGCUACCGAAUACAAGCAUGUGGAGCUAGUUAAGCUGUUACAUUCCAGUGGAGCGGACAUCAACAUUCGGGAUAAUGAGGAGAACAUAUGCCUGCACUGGGCAGCGUUUGCAGGAUCUGUUGAAAUUGCCGAGAUCCUUCUGGCCUCUAAAUGUGACCUCAAAGCUGUCAACAUACAUGGAGAUUCUCCUCUUCACAUUGCUGCUCGGGAAAACCGAUACGAAUGCGUCACGGUGUUUUUGACUCACGGUGCUGAGGUUAAUCUGAAAAACAAGGAAGGUGAAACCCCACUGGAAUGUUGCAGCCCAAACUCUCAAGUCUGGACAGCUCUGAAGAAGAGCAGUAACUCAUCUGAGAAGCCAAAACAGGAGAUCGUAAUGAACAGGGAUAUAUCAAGGGGCUACGAGAAUGUCCCAAUACCCUGCAUCAAUGGGGAAGACUCCGAACCUUGCCCCAUCAAUUACAAGUAUGUCUCCCAGAACUGCGUGACCUCCCCACUCAAUGUGGACCGAAAUAUUACCCACCUUCAGUACUGUGUAUGUAUAGACGACUGUUCCUCUAGUAACUGUAUGUGCAGCCAGCUGAGCAUGAGGUGUUGGUAUGAUAAGAGCGGACGCCUUUUGCCGGAAUUCAACAUGGUGGAACCGCCACUUAUCUUUGAAUGUAACCAUGCCUGCUCCUGCUGGCGGAACUGCCGCAACAGAGUGGUGCAGAAUGGUUUGAAAGCCAGAUUACAACUGUACCGGACCAAAAAUAUGGGCUGGGGAGUGCGGUCGCUGCAGGAGAUUCCCAUGGGGACAUUUGUGUGCGAGUACGUGGGAGAAUUAAUUUCUGAUACGGAGGCAGAUGUCCGCGAGGAUGACACCUAUUUGUUCGACCUGGACAAUAAGGAUGGAGAGGUUUACUGCAUCGACGCCCGCUACUACGGCAACAUCAGUCGCUUCAUCAACCACCUGUGCGAGCCCAAUCUGCUUCCCGUCCGGGUGUUCAUGUCACAUCAGGACCUGCGGUUCCCCCGCAUUGCGUUUUUCAGCAGUAGACAGAUCCACGCAGGCGAACAGAUCGGUUUUGACUACGGUGACCGUUUCUGGGACAUUAAGGGCAAGAUCUUCACCUGCCGCUGUGGCUCCCCCAAGUGCAAGCACUCUAUGAUCAAAGUGGCCCCCAAGUUCCAGCCAGCGCCCCCUAUAGAAGCACCACAAGAGAACGGUCUACCAGACACCAGUUCCACCACCACACACAGCCUCUCCUGAGGAGACAUGGACACCGUUACUUUCUUUUAUUUUUACCCCCUCCUUCACCCCCCUUUUUUUUUUUUUUUGUGUGAAACCGUAGGAGCCCCCCCCCAAAUCCUGGACAACGUUCCCAAAGACAGAUAUCCCCCAUUCUUUAAAUCAAGCUGGAUGUAAUUUUACUUGACAGUGGAGUCUUCUGGAUCCUGGGCCAUCAGGUAGAAGAGGAGACGUCUCAUGGACUCCUUCACUUGGUUUGUUUUUGUUCUUUGUUACGAGCAUUCACGGACUACGGUGAACCCUUUCAGUGCCAGAGUGCGACUUUGGCAGACAAGGAGUUACCAAGUGAAAAGUAUUUUUUAACCCCUCGGGGGGAGGGACAAAAGAAAAAAAAAAAAUUGUAUUAAUCUUCUGUCACUCGAGUGGAACAUAUGUCUUCUGCAGUCGCACGGCCACCACGGGCCCCGUAGAGAUUCAGUGAAAGGAUUUCAUCGACUGUUCUUCCAAAACCAUUGACCAGAGUCCAAAUGCAAAUAUAUAUAUAUAUAUAUAUAUAUAUAUAUAUAUAUAUAUAUAUAUAUAUAUAUACACAUACAUACACACACACACACAUAUAUAUAUCUAUAGCACACAAAGAAAUGUAGCUGGCACCGCUCCGAUAAAUUCACUGUGGAUGUGUAAAUCCGAACCUCCGGGCGUCACCGGCCAAGACCCACCGGUGCUCUUAGAUUGUAACAGGACAGAAUCCAACAAUGCAGAAUGGAAGAAAACACAGCGCCGAGGCACACGGACCCCGGGCUGAAGACUUAUCGCAGGUGAAAAUGCAAGGAAACAAAUGUUUCGCUACUCGCAGGAAGCUUUGAGGUUGUGAGAAAGCGAAACAUUUGUUGCCUUGCAUUUUCACCUGCAAUUAUCCAGCUAAGGUUAUAACAUAAAGCGUAAGGUUUCCCAAUGCCAAGGAACUAGUGCCAGUCUGUGUUAAGGUGGUAUCCUGCAGCUUAUAAAGGGUUAAAUGUGCAAGAUGUGCUACCAAUGAGAGUCCCCCUAACAUCUCCCCCCCCCCCCCCCCCAAUCCUUUCCGCCUUGGAAAAAAAUGCGAUGACUGUUUCCUCCCCACACGUACUGAUCUCAGACUGUAAGGCCCUAAUAAGUGGUGGCGGCGGCGGCGGCAUCCGAUGGGCGGCAACAAGUGCAAAUCACCCCAGAACCUGCCUAGGAUUAAAAAAUCACUGAACAUUUCCAUUAGCGAUUUCUACCAGUGGCGAGCGGAACGUCUUGUAUUUUCCAUGUGAUGAAUUCCUAUGUGAUCUUUUUAUGAUAUGAAAAAAAAAAAAAUAAAGUUUGGAAGUUCCAGAGAUUAAAUAACAAAAAAAAAAAAAAAAAGGUGCUGAAUAUCCUCCCGAUUUAUAUACCGAACAGAUACCCUAUCAAUUGUACCAUAAAGAAUUCUGAAUUUUAGGAUAAAUUGCCAGAAGCAGACUUUUCUUUUUUUUUUUUUUCAAGAAAAAAAAAAAUAACAAAAAUAAAAAAAAGUUAGCAGAACCGUAGUGUGAAUACAAAUUUUUUUUUUUUAUAUUUUAUGUUUUUUUUUUUUUUUUCUUUUAAAUAAACACAAAACCUGCCAUUUUCGGUGGAUUUUUAAUUUGUCAUUUUGUUUUACGAAAUUGUCCUUUAGUGCAGCUACCAGGGUGUGUAUUAUUAUCCCCCUCCUUUUUUAGUUUUUUUUUUUUUCCUCAUAAAUUGUAAGUGCCCCCCCCCCCCUUCUCCCCCUCCCCCCAGGUCAUUGCCAACAUUCAGUCUUCGUUUCCUGUUUUGUUUUCAGU